GGGCGGUUCAGUCAGAUUCAGUCGGUCGCGAAACGUUAAAACGCGCAAAGCGUUGUCGUGUCAGCGACGUUAUCUAAAAGUCUCGGAAACUUUCGGUGUAUAAAUCUAAGAAACAAAUAAUCAACAGCAGACGCAACAUCUUAGAUCAAGUAAUUGAAAGAUAACGUUCUAGUAAAGGUGCGCUGUAACGGAACUCCUGCUAGGAAUGUCGGAGACGAAGCAGCAAGAGGCGGAGGAAAGCGAACACAAUCCUCAAGUGGUUGUGGCUUCCACAAAUGGCGCCCACUCCGUUAGACAUGAUCGCGGUCUGUGGCGGGACUUGACAGCCUAUUGGAUACUGGGUCUGUGUAAUAACUACGGCUAUGUGGUAAUGCUGAGUGCUGCUCAUGACAUCAUAGCACAGUUUAACGAUGAGCCGGCUAAAGAUGUUGGCGCUGAAGGUGGCAACGGACGCGAAUGUCAUUUGGUUUCCACAGGUGCCAUUUUACUGGCGGAUGUAUUACCCUCACUGUUUGUCAAAAUACUGAUGCCCUUCUUUCCCUUCUGGGUCAAUGUACGCAUUGGCAUUGCAGUUGCCUUAUCGGCGGCGGGUUUCCUGUUCGUUGGCUUUGCGAAUGCCGAGUGGAUGGCGUUGUUGGGCGUGGUUAUUACCUCAGCCAGCAGUGGCAUUGGAGAAACCACCUUCCUGGCGUAUUCCUCGAGUUUUAACAAAAAUGUCAUCUCCACCUGGUCAUCGGGCACAGGAGGCGCUGGUGUCAUUGGUUCUCUCAGUUAUGCCACGUUACGUUCCUUGAACGUGAGUCCACGUGAUACCAUGCUGAUCAUGUUGAUCUUUCCUGCAAUUGAAGCCCUUGCCUUCUGGCUGUUACUACGGCGUCCACAAGUUUUACCUGUCACGACCGUGGAAUCGACAGAGGAGCUUAUUAGCGAUGAUAAACCUUUGGUGGGCUUUAAGGAGAAGAUGUCCUAUGUUAAGCAUUUGUUUAAGUACAUGCUUCCGCUGUGCUUGGUCUACUUCUUUGAGUACUUUAUCAAUCAGGGACUGUUCGAGCUGGUUUACUUUGAGAACAUUUUCCUGGACAGAGCCUCGCAGUAUCGCUGGCUGAAUGUGGAUUAUCAGAUAGGCGUCUUUAUCUCCCGCUCAUCGGUCAACAUUUUCCAGCUGAACAAAAUCUGGCUGAUGUCCGUGUUUCAGUUCAUUAACGUUGUCUACUUUCUCACUGAAGUCAUUUGGUUCUACACGCCGAGUAUUUGGAUUGUUUUCACCAUUGUCCUGUGGGAAGGCCUGUUGGGCGGUGGCGCCUAUGUGAACACCUUCUAUCGCAUGUCCAAAGAGAUACCGGCAGGUCGUCAGCAGUUUGCCAUGUCCAUGGUGGUGCAAUCGGAUUCCUAUGGCAUUGCCCUUGCCGGCUUCCUGGCCAUACCCGUCCACAAUGCCAUCUGUGGUCUGCCCGCCUCGGUGCGCGGUGUCGUCUGGUGAUAGGAACAUAGAAGGAGCUCAUAAUGAGUAAUUGAUUAUGCCUUUAAACUAGCUAAUGAGUAGACUCUAGGUGUGUCUGUGCGUCUGUGUAUAUCUGUGUGUUCAUUCUGUAGUAUUGACUGUGUGAUUGUAAUGGGAACUUAGCUGAUAACUAAUUUUUGUCUGUAUCAAUAAUCUAAUUUGUAUAAUUCUUAAAAUAAAUAUCUUAUAAACAUAACUUACAA